ACUGUCGGCUUCAACCAAGCAAAGUCCAUCCUCCCCAACAUCCCCCCUUCUCUCUCUGUCUCUCUGUGGUUCAUUUUAUUUUUUUUUUUGUUUUUUUUUUUUGGAAAAAAUCAAUAAUACUAUAUUCAUUAAAGCGUGAUAAUAGCCUAAGAUACUGAUAAUCCGGAGCUGGAUUUAGCUUGUGAAGUUGCUUAUUCAAGUUUAGUGAAGGAGAAGCCCGUGGACCGUGGUCAUGAUUGCAGGAUAAAUAUGGCAACUGCUGAUUUUCAUAGGGUUUCGGUGCGCAUCAAAUUCCGAAAAAGCCGCGUCUGAUUUGAACUUAAGGAUUAAAAGACAAGCUGUUGCAUCCUGUUGAAGGGUCACACCAUCUAUGUGAUUUGCAUUUGAUAAGGUGUGGUGUAGACAAACUUUUAUGCCUCAUCUCACGCCAAAAGUGUGAGGCUUGAGGCUUAACUAAGGGCUUGCUUAUUUGGUGCAUGCGACGUCGACAGCAAACUAGAGGAAUCACAGACUUGGAUAUUGGCGUUACAUUGAGUUUUGCGUUUGUUUUAUAAUGGCACACCUUGCUGCGAAUCAGUUAGCUGGAGGGAUCCCACCCACAGGGUCUCCGAAUGAAGCUUUGUAUAAAGAACUUUGGCAUGCCUGUGCUGGACCACUUAUCAGCGUUCCUCGUGAAAAUGAACGAGUUUAUUACUUUCCGCAAGGUCACAUGGAACAGCUCGAAGCAUCUACACAUCAGGGAUUGGAUCAGCAACUUCCUUCGUUCAACUUACCCAGUAAAAUCCUUUGCAAAGUGAUGAAUGUUCAACUUCGGGCUGAACCAGACACAGAUGAGGUGUAUGCUCAAAUAACGCUUCUUCCCGAACACGAUCAAAGUCCAGUCACAAGUCCUGAUCCUCCUCUACCAGAGCCUGAAAAGAGCACUGUUCAUUCAUUUUGUAAGACUCUCACUGCUUCUGAUACCAGUACCCAUGGUGGAUUCUCGGUGUUAAGAAGGCAUGCCGAUGAUUGUCUGCCCCCACUGGAUAUGUCUCAACAACCACCGUGGCAGGAGUUGGUGGCUUCUGAUCUUCAUGGGAAUGAAUGGCAUUUCCGUCACAUAUUCCGAGGUCAACCACGGCGUCACUUAUUAACUACUGGCUGGAGUGUGUUUGUCAGUGCAAAAAAACUGGUUGCUGGAGAUGCUUUUAUCUUCCUAAGAGGGGAAAAUGGGGAUCUCCGAGUAGGUGUACGCAGGCUUAUGAGACAAGCAAACAACAUGCCAUCUUCUGUUAUAUCAAGUCACAGCAUGCAUCUUGGGGUUCUUGCAACUGCCUCACAUGCCAUCUCGACUGGAACCUUAUUUUCAGUCUUUUAUAAACCAAGGACUAGUCGAUCUGAAUUUAUAGUAAGUGUUAACAAGUAUCUGGAAGCUCAAAAUCUCAAGCUGUCAGUAGGGAUGAGAUUUAAGAUGAGAUUUGAAGGUGAAGAGGUACCUGAAAGAAGGUUCAGUGGGACUAUCGUUGGCGUUGGAAAUAACAAUGCUACUUCUCGAUGGCCUGAUUCUGAGUGGAGAUCUCUGAAGGUCCAAUGGGAUGAACCUUCGGCCAUAGUACGUCCAGAUAGAGUUUCAGCAUGGGAAAUAGAACCCCUAGUUGCAGCAAUUCCUCCAAACCCACAGACUCAACAAAGGAAUAAGCGGGCACGACCCCUUGUUUUGCCUUCGCCAGCGCAAGAUCCAUCUCCACUUUGUAUCUGGAAGUCAACAGUUGACUCCCCAUCAGCAUUUGCCUGUAGUGAUCCAUCACGUGGUCAAGACACGUUUCAAUCGCCAAAGAUCAGCGAUGGAACCAAAAUUAGUGGAAUCAAUUUUAGUAAGAACUUGGUACCGGUCUCUAGCAAGUCUGUAUACCAGCCUAGUCAAGUAGAAACUGCUGCAGAGUCAUUUGCUCCCCCCAGUGAAAAAAGGCAGGCAAAUGGCUGCAGGCUGUUUGGAAUCGAGUUGCUUGACCAUUCUUCUAUUGAAGCUACAUCACCAGCCAUUCAAUCUGAAACAGCUAUUGAGGAUUCUCAUGUUCCUCUGUAUGCUGAUUAUGAUCAACAUUCUGAACCAUCAGACCGUAACCCAUCUCACGCUCCCUCAGCCAGUUGUGAUCCUGAUAAGUCAUGCCUUAGAUCCCCUCAUGAUGCACACAACAGGCAAAUCCGCAGCUGCACAAAGGUUCACAUGCAAGGAAUUGCUGUUGGCAGAGCAGUGGACCUGACUAGGUUUGAUUGCUAUGAGGAUCUGCUCAAGAAAUUCGAAGAGAUGUUUGAAAUUAUAGGGGAGCUCUCUGGUUCAACCAAGAAAUGGCAAGUUGUCUACACUGAUGAUGAGGAUGACAUGAUGAUGGUUGGAGAUGACCCAUGGCAUGAAUUUUGCACCAUGGUAAAGAAGAUAUAUAUAUACUCAACCGAGGAAGCGAAGAGGCUCUCCCCCAAGAUAAAGCUUCCCCUGGCAGAGGUCAAAUCCGAGAAACUCCUGUCUGAUGGAGCUGCGGGCACUGAAGAACAGUCUUCAACUGUUGGAUCUGGUUACUGAUGGAGUCUUGCCUACGUUCGAGUUGCAAUAAGGUUGAAAGUUCUCCGGGAAAGGUUAAUGACGAUGGAGACGAUACCAACAUUUGACCAGCAAUUUUGUUUCUAAGCUGCCAAGAUGCCACAAAAUACAUAUUUUGUAAUUCUUGAUUCCAAGUGUAGCAAGUUGUACUCACUAAACCCGAAAUAAUAUUGAGUGCUCGUUCUUCCGUGGA